UCAGUUUCUGGACAGAUCGCAACAUGAAAACGUCAAAUAACGCGAGAUAUCAAGAUUUUGAUUUCAAAUGGGCAGUAAAGUUGAAUCGAUAUAUUCUAACGCCGGUCGGACUUUGGCCUGAAAGCAAGCAAACUACGUGGAAAAAAUAUACGUGCAACUUACGCACGUUUAUCACGUUUAUAUUAGUGCUGUUUGUUAUUUUAAUCCCUGCCAUACAUUCCUUGAUAAGAAUUCAUGGAGAUAUUAUAUCGAUGAUAGACAAUUUACAAUUUACAAUACCGACCAUCGCUGUCAUGCUGAGAAUUGCAAUUUUUUGGUGGAAGAAAAAAGCUCUGUCAUCUUUGAUGGAUAUGAUCGCGGAAGAUUGGAUAAAACCUAAAGCACCUUGGGAAAAAAUUAUAAUGAUAACAAGAGCGCAAACUGCGCGUACAAUCAUAACAAUUAUGUACGGCAUGAUGGGAAUGUCUUUCAUCGUUGCAAUAUGUUUACCUCUUUGUGGCUUUUCACUGAGAUACGAAGCAAACAAUACUGGCAAGCAAUUGCCACUACAAACAUUGUAUUAUGUAUAUGAUACUACUAAAAGUCCGCAAUACGAAUUCACGUUCAUUAUUCAAACUAUCUCCAUGAUCGUAGGCGUUUUACCUUACACAGGCAUAGAUAAUUUUCUCAGUUUGUUAGUAUUUCAUAUUUGUGGUCAAUUGGAUAUUCUAAAAUAUCAUAUCAUGCAUCUCGAUAAGUUCGGCAAUUAUACGAAAGCUUUAAAAAGUUGCGUGAUGGACCACACAAGAAUAAUCAGAGCUAUCGGCAUUGUAGAAGACACCUUUAAUCUAAUGCUACUUGCAUUAUUGUUGUAUUUCGGUAUUCUUUUUGCUUUUUAUGGAUUUUUUAUUCUUAAUAUUCUCAACGAUGAUAAUUCUUUAUCGAUUUCUCGGCUUCUGUACAUUAUAACUUUUGUUGUCACUAUGUCGGGUCAUAUGUGUGCUUAUUGUGCUGUGGGAGAAAUUUUAAUAUCACAGUGUAAUGGGAUUCAUUAUGCAGCGUAUUCUAAUAAAUGGUACACUGUAAAGCCGAAAGAUGCACGGAAUUUAAUUUCUAUAUUAAUUAGAACCAAUGAGCCUAUUUAUCUUACAGCUGGUAAAAUGUUUCCUAUGACAAUGGCUACAUUCUCCAAUUUGAUAAAAACGUCAGCCGGUUACAUAUCUGUCUUGCUCACUGCAAGACAUUAAUUCGAGAAUUUAAUAAAUAUCAAUAAUGUCUAA